GCUAAUACCUUGGUCUGGGUAAUUCACUUUGGAGGAGCAGACCAAGAGACAGCAGAAUCAAAAUGAAGACUGUUUUUGUUCUAAUUUUGACCCUUAUUAUUAUUUUCACAGAUGCUUCACCAAUAUUACCAGAAAAAGAAGCUAAGCAGCUUUUGAGAACUCGUCGUGAAGACAGAUCAAGAAAACCUGGUUUCCCUGAUGAACCAAUGCGGGAGUACAUGCUUUACCUUCAGCAGCUGGAACAGAGAUCUGAAGAACAGUUCUUUGAGCACUGGUUGAAUCCACACUGCUACCCACAUUGCAACAGGAACUUAGUUCACCCAGUGUAAAAGAUUAUGUGGUUAUCUUCAAUGACAAUAAUUCUUCUUGAUAUGGAGAAAGAAAGAAAAUGAUCAACAUGAAAAUGGAAAAGCUGAUAUAACAUUUUCUGUGUAACCAAAGUAUCUGCCGUUUUGAGAAUUUUGACUCGGCCCUGCAACCCAACUCAGCUUUUUAAAAACCAUACAUUAGAGCUUUAUUUUUUAUUAAACAGCAUAGCCAUAUAUUAGAAAAAUUGCCUGGUCUUAGGCAUCAAUACUAUGCAUGCCUACCUGAGAGGGAGCUUUCCUGAAAACAUUAGGCAUGCUUUUGGGUAGCCAUAUUGCGCUUUACAUUACUCUGCGAAUCAUUAAACUAGGCUAUUCUCAUUUGGAAGUGGUAGAUUUUUCUAAAUUUAUAGUAAUUUUACUAUUAUGAUUAAAAAGUAGAUUAUAGCCCUUUGAAUCAUGGGCAAGUCAACAGUUGUGUUAAGGAUUAAAAACUAGAGUGAUAAAGGUGGAGUUUGUAAUAACCACGGAUUUAGACUUUCUGUGCUCGGCCUGGUUUGCUAAGAUUGUAAUCCUAUUCAUGCUCACAGAUUUAUAAAGAUGGGAGAAACCAUAAAGGCUGUCCAGUCUUUAUUCUGCCAAGCAGAAAUAUAAAAAGCAUUGUUGACAGAUGGCCAUCCUGCCUCUGUUUAAAAACCUCCAAAGAAGAAAACUCCUCUCCACUCCCAGGUAGCAUAUUCCACUGUGGGGAUGUUCUUCCUAAUGUUUAGGUGAAAUCUCUUUUCCUGUAGUUUGAAGCCAUUGCUCCAUGACUUUUGUUUUUGGAUCAGUAGAAAACAAACCAGCUUCACAUAAAAUCCUUUCAAAUAUUAAA